UUUUUUUUGAGAUUGGGUAUAUUUUUCUGUAUUGCGUUUUUUUUGCUUUGCUGGUGAAAAUUAGUGAUCAUUCGUCGCUGCUCUUACUUCCAGAAAAUAGUAAAUAUUAUUAUUAAAAUUUGUAGUUGUGUAAACUAAAAUCUCAGAGUAGUAACAUUGAUGUGAAUUUGGGUUUGUGUGUGCUUUUUAUUUCAUCAGUGCACAAGGAGCUGAAGUUAAGUGGUUACUCACUAAAUAGCAGCACAAACACGCCAAUACGGGUUUUCGAUGCUAAGGAUCCGCAUCAAAAUGGGUCCACAACAGCGUUAUAAAGAAUGGACGUGUUGCUUUGGUUUGCAUGUCCACACAGCCACCAUUAUGAUUGGCCUCUGGCAUUUGUUUCUAAAUAUAUUAGCACUCAGUCUACUUGCUAUUAUAUGGCGUAAUCCGACCAUGAUGGAGGAGCUCGAAAGUGGCUACGAUUAUACUGUGGAUUUGAGCGCACCGCCAUUACCAACACCACUAAGCAAGGUGGAUCCUCCAUACCCAUAUCGGGAUCAUUCGUUAAGCUAUCGCAAGCAAUACCAUAACUUUGAUAUGGGCGGCUUGGUUUGUACCUGCAUGAUUGCCAUUACGAUGAUGAUGAUUUAUGGUACUCUAAAGGGUAAACCCUCACAUCUUUUGCCAUUUUUCUGCCUACAACUCUUUGAUUUUGCCAUAACCACUCUAACCGCUGCCGGCUACAUCUGUUACCUUCAAGCCAUACACCGUCUGAUUGCAGAAUCUCAUCGCUUGCCAUGGCGCGAGAAAUUGCUUGAGAUGUCACAAGAAGAACUAAUGGUGAUCGUUUUGGUGGUUUUCUUUUGCAUUGUAUUCUUGAAAGCCUAUGCCAUUGGCAUAGUUUGGCGUUGCUAUAAAUAUCUUACGCUGCGACAACAAGAUCUACGCACCUUGCUACCGUGUGUUUUACCGGAAUUGGGUGGCGCCGGUUUGACGGGCGAAGAACGCGCCUAUACCACACUCUUGCCAAAUUAUGAUGAGGCCAUUGCACAAUAUAUGAAGCAGGCGCCACCGCCAUCCUAUCAGGUGGCCAUGUCAAAUUAUCAAGGUGUCGAUGCUCAGGUAAAUAACGCUAAUAAUGUGCCGGAUACCGUCGGUGCAGCAGUGGUCACCAUUGACGACACGUUGGACAAUAAUAAUGAUUCACCGAACAACAACAACACAGUUCACGUAAAUGCCAAUACACCGCCAAUGCGGCGUAAUGAGGCUGUCACUGAGGGUACUGAGUUGGAAAGUGUUGGUGUUGAUGCAGUUACUGCUCCGCCCGCUGCAGAUGUUGACGUAACUGGGCAAUUGACCCCACCACCAUCCUACUUAGAUGCUGCUGCUGGUAUUUCCAGUCCAUCUGCAGAAAAACUCUUUGUGCCAGCUGAAGCUAUACAUCGUCAAGCAGACAAUAGAAAUGAGAGUCAGGCUUAAAGUAGUGAUGGCUGGUGUUAAGUAGUACAUGUGUGUGUCGUUGAGUGUAGUAGAGCGUGAUUUUGGUUUCCCAAAUAUAACAGCUGAUGAAAGUUUCGCCUUUUUCGUUAAAAUGAGCAUUAUUCUUAACGAGAAACUGGUUUUAAAUAGUAAUUCUGAGAUCAACUGUCACAAGAGACAUGGGUACUGAAGUUGAUUUUGUUAAAACUAAACGUACGUCUAAUGCAGUGGGAAGUUCGUAAAUAAUUUUUUAAGUUUACGUUUAUUAACAGCGAAGGUUUUUUAUUUAAAAUUUGAAAUAUAUAUAUUUUUAAUAAAGUUAAAGAAAUAUUGCACCUUUGCUGGGUAUUAUUACAAAUAACAAAAGAAUUUCGAUUUGUAUAAGAAUAUUACAAAACUGCAAAUCGUUAAAGAAGAUUAAGAAAAACAACUUAGGUCGAUCCCCAACAGUCACCUGAAAAUGCUAAAAAGCAGUUGAAAAAUGCAUAAAAUAAUAAAAUUGUCAACAUUUUCGCUCUGAAUGUACUCUCAAUAUCAUUAUACACUGCAACAAAAACAGAAAUAAUUAAAAUUAUAAAUACAAAUAUGUAUGAAUGAUAAAUGGUGUUUAAAGUGAAAGGAAAAUUAAGAAAAACAAUGUUUUUAAAAUGAUAGCGUACUGAAAAAAACUAAAAUUUAUACAGAAACUACUUAACCAAAAACAAAAAAAAAAAAAAUGGUGCAACAGUAGAAACUUGAUAUGCAUACAAUACAAAUAUACGCAUAUUUGAAGAAAAAAUUCGCGAACAUUUGAAAAAAAAUGUCUAAAGCCCGAGAGAAGGCGGACAUAUAGGCCGCAAAUAUUGGCGUUUUUAAUAUGUAAACAAAAAACUGGCGAAGUCAUAUAUUAAAGGUAGCGUUAAUAUAACCAACAAAACCAAAAAACAAAAACAAGAAAACGAAAAAAAAAUUGAUUUAAUUUUAUGAGUUGCACCUACUUAUCUAUCGCACAAUUAAUAAAUAAUCAAAUAAUCAAUUCUUAUAGUUAUCAUGUUGUUGACAUUUUUGCGCGAUUAACAACAUUAUUAUCCGUUUCUAUACAUAUCUGCAUACAAAGAAGCAUGCUCGCAUGUGAAUGCUCAUGUACUACACUUACAUACAUACAUACAUACUACCUUUGUCAAUUAAUUUUUUUUAUUUGUUUUAUUCAAAAGUUUUUUCUAAACUACUAAUUUUAGUAUUUUAAAAUUUACAUAUUUUUCUUUUCGCAAUAUUAUAAGGAUGUUCUUAAAAUAAUAUUAUUAUUAUUCUGUUUAUUAAUAGCAUUGAAUUAAAUAAUUAUUAUAAUGCACAUGCAAACAUACAUACAUAUAUUUUAAAUAUUAUAUUACAUAAUAUAAAGAAAUAAACAUACAUAUGUACUAAAUAUUACGUAAAAAGCGUCAAUGUUAAGUAAAUAAUAUUCAUAUUCGAAUACGGCAGUCAACGGUACAAUGAUUUGUCAUUGCGGCAGUCUGCCGCUUGUGAGAAAAUAAAGGAGUAAAAUAACGAAAAAAAACAAA